GGUCCACACAGCCUGGCCUCCUCGGCUCCCGCUCUCGGGCCUGCUCCGCCUUUCCCCUGGGGGUUGCCUGCUUCCACCUAGGACGCGGCUCCAUUUCCUCCCUCCUUGUUCUGUUCCCUCUCCUCGGCUCUGUCCCCGUCCUUCUGAACCCUCUGCUAGCGCUUUCAAGCCUGUUCCCUGGUGUCACCUCUCUCUCUCCUCCUUCCAUCUCCCCAUCAACCCCUCCACUUGCGACCAUGGCUCUCCAUCCUUCUCCUCCCUCCCAGCAGACCUUCACCAUGGAUUUUGAGCCCUCAAGGGCUACCGUUCGCACCCCACAAGGCACCCUCUCUGCCCUCAAUGCCACCACACCCUGGCUCGGCCGGGAAGAAGAGCUGGCCAAGGUGGAAGUUGGCAUCCUGACCACCGUCCUGGCGCUGGCUGCAGGGGGCAACCUGGCCGUGCUGCUGAUCCUGGGCCUGCCAGGCCGGAAGCGGUCCCGCAUGCACCUGUUCAUGCUGCACCUGGCCCUGACCGACCUGGGCGUGGCCCUCUUCCAGGUGCUGCCCCAGCUGCUCUGGGAUAUCACCUACCGCUUCCAGGGCCCCGACCUCCUCUGCCGGGCCAUCAGAUACCUGCAGGUGCUCAGCAUGUUUGCCUCCACUUACAUGCUGCUGGCCAUGACCCUGGACCGAUACCUGGCUGUCUGUCACCCGCUGCGCAGCCUCCAGUGGCCCAGCCAGUCCACCUACCUGCUGGUCGCCACCCCUUGGCUGCUGGCCGCCAUCCUCAGCCUCCCUCAAGUCUUCAUCUUCUCCUUACGGGAGGUGAUCCAGGGAUCGGGGGUGCUGGACUGCUGGGCUGACUUCCGCUUCCCCUGGGGGCCCCGGGCCUACAUCACGUGGAACACCAUGGCCAUCUUUGUGCUGCCCGUGGCCAUGCUCACAGCGUGCUACAGCCUCAUCUGCAGGGAGAUCAGCAAGAACCUGAAUGUCAAGAUGAUGGCCGGGAGGGUGGAAAGAAGCAGCCGGGGGACAUGGUGCAAGCCCUUACCCUCCGCCCCCAGUGCAGCCACCCAGGGGCUGCUGUCCCAUGUCAGCAGCACCGGCACCCUCUCUCGGGCCAGGAUCCGCACCGUGACCAUGACCCUCGUCAUUGUGCUGGCCUACGUCGCUUGCUGGGCGCCCUUCUUCAGUGUCCAGAUGUGGUCUGUGUGGGACGAGACCGCCCCCGGUGAAGAUUCCACCAAUGUGGCUUUCACCAUCUCCAUGCUCCUGGGCAACCUCAGCAGCUGCUGCAACCCCUGGAUCUACCUGGGUUUCAACCGCCGCCUGCUGCCACGGUGCCUGCGCGGUCUGGCCUGCUGCCAGGGCGCCGGGCCCCAGCUCCACAGACAGCUCUCCAGCGGCAGCCUGUCCAGCCGCCGCACCAUGCUGCUGACCCGCUCCAGCUGCCCGCCCACCCUCAGCCUUCGCUUCAGCCUGGGCGGGAGGCCUGGGCCUGCAGGGUCACUGAGGUUCUCAGAGCGGGAAGGUGGUGAGGGCACCACUGCGACUAGCACCUUUUAG